AUGGAAAGAGUUCUGCCUACGACGGAAGAAUUAAAGUCAUGGGAGCAUCUCCGGAGUGUCAAAUUUUCCCAUGCCUUUGAUAUGCGAGUAGAGCUGUUAAUUGGUUCUGAUGUUCCCGCGGCCCAUUGGGUAUUAGAACAGCGUUUGGGAAAGAUCGAUGAGCCUUACGCGGUCAAAACAGCAUUGGGAUGGAGCCUAAUGGGUCCAACUUCACGAUCAUCAACGAAAUGGUGCUAUGCCUCGACAGUGAACGAUUUAGAGAGACAAAUACAACGUCUGUACGAUAGUGAAUUCAAGGAACCAAAGGAAAGGAGAGCCAAGGAAAUGUCUUUAGACGACAAAACCGCUUUAUCAGUAUUUAAACGAUCUCUGAAAUUUGAUGGCACUCGCUUUGAGGUCGCUCUCCCUUGGAAACGA